AUGAAACUAAACACGAGCAUCUCAUCGUCACGCCGCAAGCAGCGCAAGAAGCACUUCAACGCCAAAUCAACCGAUCUAACCAAGCAGAUGACCGCUCCGCUCUCAAAAGCCCUGAAAGAGGAGAUCGGCAUCAAGCGCAUACCUGUCCGACCAAACGAUAUUGUUCUGGUGCGUGUUGGCAAGUACAAGAAGACAGAGGGCAAGGUUGUCAAGGUGAACAGGAUUGCGAGGAAGAUUUGUGUGGAGGGGGUGUCCAUCACAAAGAAGGAUGGAGCGGUGCGGUACCUGGGGGUGCAUCCUUCUAAUUUGUCUAUUGUCAGGCUGAGCAUGGAAUACGACAGGAAUAAGGUGAUUGAGAAAAUUAAAGGACAGUAA